AUGAGAAUACAAGCGGAAUCCGUACCCUUGACGAAUGGCGAGCUCCAGGGUAACCAUUCUCCUCCCACAGUAAUGGAGAACGCGGAGGGUCUCAGUAAGGGCACCCUGUUAAAUGGGCACGAGCCCCAUGUGGAUAUUGAUAUUACAGACGAACCAUUGUUUCAUUACGACGUAUUUGAGAACCCGCCUGUACCUCUUACCAUCGGUUUUGCCUUGCAGCUUGAGGGCAGUCUGAUGAUCGCAGGCGUUCUGCACGUGCUGGUUGGGCUGACGGGGAUUGUUGGACUUCUUCUUCGCUUUAUUGGACCGAUCACGGUCGUCCCGGCGCUGACAAUAAUGGCUCUGUACGUGUUCAGCGCUACGGUCAGGUUCGCCAAGGCGCAGUGGGGAAUCACUGUUCUCAUUCUGAUUACGGCAGAGAACCCUAUUAUUGAAGAAGGAAGAACGGUGGCUAUUGCUCUCAUUUUGUCGUUCUACCUAAAGAAGUUCCGGACGCCAUUACCGUUCUGGACGCCUGCUCGCGGCUUUCAUAUCCGCUGGUCUCACUUUCACAAGAUGUUCUCGAUUCUGAUUGCGACACUAGUCGGAUGGGCGCUGUCGGCCAUUCUGACAACUACAGGGGUGUUCCAAGAGGGCGGUGAAGAUAGUCGAGAUUACUACGCGCGUACAGACACACGAACAUACAUCAUAUAUGAGACAAAUUGGUUCAUUUUUCCAUACCCCGGACAAUUCGGCCCACCUGGAUACGACACAGGCGCACUGAUCACUUUUAUCCUCGGGACGAUUGGUUCUAUUAUCGAUUCCAUUGGCGACUAUUACGCAUGCGUGAAAGUGAUUGAAGCCCCGCCUCCUCCAAAACACGCGGUGAAUCGAGGAAUAGCAGUUGAGGGUUUUAUGUCCAUUUUGGCGGGGUGGGCAGGUGCGGCACAUGCAACCUCAACUUUUGGAGGAAACAUUGGGGCUAUUGGCAUCACGAGGGUUGCCAGCUUACGUGUGUUCCAAGUGCUGGGGCUUCUGUUCAUCAUAAUGGGGGUGAUCGGCAAGGUAGGGGCGGUGUUCAUCACUAUACCGUACUCAGUGAUUGGCGGACUUCAGAUCAUCAACUUUGGCGUACUGGCAGGCGUCAUGCUUUCAAAUUUACAGUUUAUUGAUCUCGGGUCGAAGAGGAAUGUCACCAUUAUUGGCAUGUCCAUGCUGGUGGCCAUGAUGAUGCCACAUUGGGUGAAAACUACGGAAAACCCUAUCAACACAGGUAUUGAGGAGCUGAACAACACGAUACUUAUGCUCCUGGCAAACCCUGUCUUCAUGGCUGGCUUUCUGGCCUGCUUUCUCGACAAUACUAUGCCAGGAACUCUAAAAGAGCGCGGUAUCAAAGCCUGGCAGACGGAAUUAGAAACCGGUGUAGAUGAUGAAACCAUCAUGGAAAAUAAGCCCACUAGUGUCGCCGAUGCAGAUCGACGGAGCAAACUCAUCAAGAUUCUCUAUGUAAUUCCGGGAUUUAAUCGGAUCACGAAAAGGUUUCGGUGGAUACGGUUCAUACCAGUCUGUCAGAGAUAUAAUCCUAAGCUGGACGACUAG